CCCGCCUCCUCUGCUUGAAACAGAAACUUUGCUGUUGUUGCCGCCGCUUCUUCUUCUUGUCGUCUAGAGGACAGAGAGAAAGAAACAUGGCUGAAAGCAACAAAGAUCUUCUGGAAUUGGAAGGAAAGAAUUUGUCGUCUUCAACUAUAGAAUCGAAGCUUAUUGUCUGCAAAAGCAAUGACUUGAGUCAGAAUCAGAACCAAAAACCUAAACCCAAUGGAAAAGGGAUGCCCUUCUCUUCUUCUGUUCCUAAAAGCCAAGUUAUUGGAAAAGUGAAAGAUUUCUUAGGAGUUAUAUCUGAAGCAAAUGAAAGGUUACAGGAUGAUGUAGUGAAUAAUGCCAAAGAUUAUGAUAUUGAAGUGCUUACUGGGAAUGAAUCUGAAUACAUUGAAAUGGAUUUGAUGCUGGGUGUUGCUGAUUUGCAUACACCUGAGGCCAUUGCCGCUGCUGAGUCUGCAAUAGCUGGCUAUCAAGCCAUGACUUCUUUGGCAACUUCUAGUAGUAGUGAAACAGAAUCAGAAGCUAGCAGCAACAAUAGCAGUGACAGUGACGAUGAUGAUGUCACAUGUUCUCCCUCAAAUUCUAAAAGAGACAUGUCCCCUGUUGAUGAUUCUUCAAGCAUACCAUCUAGAAACCAAAAGCUGAGAAAAAGGCCAAAGAUUGUUGAGCUCUUGUAGAACUGUUUCCGCUCAAGAGAAUGCCGUACACAAAGGUUGGAUUCAUGACUAUAGAGUAGAUUGCGACUGUAUACAUAUGAGUGUGUGUGUGUGUGGAUGUCUCAUAUGAACAGGCAUUUUAGUUGUUGGGGAUGAAGUAUUGUAGUUGGUGACAUAGCUGAAGACAUUUGCAACGCAUCCUUGCUCGUUUUCUAUCAGCCUAAAGUUUGAAAACACACCUUCAAUGUUGUGUUCAGUUGUCUGCAUUUUCAAUUAUGGCUCUUUUGAUACUAUAUUUGCAUUUCAUUUCAUACCAGACUGGUUGUUUGGUUUAACUUUUGGUCUUUCUCGUUGCAUGUUCCUGCGAGUAUCUUUCCAUAUAUGUCAUUCUUUGUGGGAAACUUUUGGCUGCAAACUUCAUUGCCGG